AUGGAAGAUAGGGUCAAGUGCAUUCUCUUCCUCCUUGGGGAGGAAGCUGAUUCUUUUGCAAAGAGGGCAGAAAUGUACUACAAGAGGCGACCGGAGGUUAUCGGUUCCGUGGAAGAAGCAUACCGGGCAUACAGGGCCCUUGCUGAACGCUAUGACCAUAUAUCAGGGGAGCUACACAAAGCAAACCAUACCAUUGCAACUGCCUUCCCUGAUCAAGUCCAGUAUGCAUUGCUAGAAGAGGAUGAUGACAAUCUCCCGAAGGCAUUUACCACGGUUGAUCCUCGCAAAAUCCACAAGUCAACAGUGGAAGGACUGAUGAAGAAGAAGCACGGAGGGAAAUCAGGACUGAAGGAUGGAAACAAGAAAUCUGCAACUCCAAUCAACAAGGAGAAUGCACAAGCAGAGAUUGGCAGGCUACAGAAAGAAAUAUUAGUCCUGCAGACUGAGAAAGAGUUCAUCAAAAGCUCUUACGAGAGUGGAAUUUCAAAGUACUGGGAUCUUGAAAAGAAGAUUAAUGACAUGCAGGAAGAGGUUUGCUACUUCCAAGAGGAGUUCAAUGAAAGUGCAGCGAUUGACGAUGACGAAGCCCGGGCUUUGAUGACAGCAACUGCUCUUAAAUCCUGUGAAGACGCGCUUAUUAAAAUGCAGGAACAACAGAAGACAUCUUUCAGCCAAGCAAUGAUCGAGUCCCAAAGAAUCAAGGUUUCCAGGGAGAAGCUGGAGGGUGUCAUGAAAGGACAUGGUAAAUCCCCAUCAUAUCCGGGAAAUUCUCCACAUGAGAACGUUAAAAGUUAUGCCAGUGUUAAGAUAGAUGAAUUGUACUCCAUGAAGCAGAAGAAAAUUGAACUACAAGAUAUAGUAAAUAAGAUCAAGGGAUACUUUCAGAUGAACUCUGAUCUUCAUGUGGUAGAGAUUGCAGAGAAAAUUGAUGAAAUAGUCAAUAGAGUUGUGGAUUUGGAGCUCAUGGUUUCAGCACAGACUGCAAAGAUAAAUAGGCUGUGUCUGGAAAACAAUGAGCUGGAGAACUCAAUGCAGAAACUGGAGGAAGAGAAGGCAGUACUAACCAGUGGACCAGGUGAAUUAAAUGACAAGCUCAAGCAAGCAGAAGAGGAGUUUAUUAUAGUGCAGAACUUUGAGAGAUCCUACCAUGAAGAAGAAAGAAUAAUCUAUUCCAAUUUCAUGGAAACGAUAAAUAGUUUCUGUGAUAUUUCACAUAUGUUGCAAUCACCUCUCAUUGAGCAGCAAGCCGUUUCUGGGUCCAUGUUGACUGAUGAAGCAGCAGCAUCCCACACAGAUCAAUCAAGCGAGCAUGGAAAAACAAGCCCAUCAGAAGAUCCUGAGAUGGAUGAAGCUGCAAGGAAUCCACAUGUGGAUGUUCCUGAUCAUUCCAAUACACCAGAGACAGCUAUCCUUAGCGAUGACAGUCAGUUAUCUAGUGUUUACCAUGAGAUUAAGGCAGAAAAGCAUUGCCAUGGAGAUAACACAAAGGAUUUGUGCUGUUGUGGGCUUGAAGAUAAGUCUAGCUAUGCAGCUGCAUCAGUGACUGUAGGAACAACAGAAAAUGUGGCUAUUUAUUCAUCUGAUGAUAAUAAAUAUGGAGAACCAGAACAUGUUCAUGAAAUUGCCAGUAACACCAAAAGCAGCGUGCAACCAUAUACUAUACACUCCCAUGAGGGAGGUUCAUUGGAACAGCUGCAUCACACUUCCCCCAGUGGCCCAGGAGAAAAUGUGAAACAAGAGGACAUUAAGCAAGAUUAUGCAACACCAUGUAACAGCAUUUCUGAGGACAACUCCAAACCAAAUAUGAAGAUGAACAAAACAGAAGAAUCAUAUAUCACCAAAAGUCCUACUCCUAAUAAUGUUAAAGUUGAUAACUUUGGAGAUCAAGAGGAUAGCAUGAUUAAGCUGCAGCAGUUGCUUAUGAAUGGACUCCAAGAUAAGGAAAAGGUACUAUUAGCUGAGUACACUUCCAUCCUCCGAAAUUAUAAGAAUGCAAAGCAAAAGCUUACAGAAGUGGAGACAAAGAACCAGGAAUGUUUGAAUGAGAUGACAGCCAUGACAAGCGAACUACGGUGUGCCAAUGCGAUGAAGGAUGCAGAGAUUCAGUCACUUCGUGAGAUCCUGAGCUCUUUUACUUACAAAGAUGCAUCACAGAGUGGUCAACGAAUGAAUUCAACCAUGUCCCUAAGUGAGAAGAAUAGGAUGGUUAGGGGCCACCGACGGGCUCCAAGCUUUUUGCACGUUCAUCAAAGGGCACAAAGUGCUUCCUCUAUUUCCAGGAUAUUCAAAGAUAGUUCUAGCCCAAAAAAUAAACUAAGUACCAGAUCUCCUAAGGAAGCUGAGGCAUCACAUGAUGCUGUUACCAGUCCAGAAAGCGUUAUUCUGGAGGAACUCCAAUCAAAAAAAUUUGUUGAGAUGGAGAAUGCUUCUCCUCUUGAAGAAAAGUUCAGAAGAGACAUCGAUGUGCUUAUGGAGGAGAACCUAGCAUUCUUGAUUAAGUUCAGCAUGUCAUUCCAACAGAUACAGGGAUUUCAGACCAAGUAUGAUCAACUAAAACCUGAAAUCGUUAAGCUAAUGGAUGAGGACAAGCUGAAGUCAAUCAAGGAUGGUGCAAAUGACCACUCAGCAAAAUUUGAAACAGAAGCUACAGAGAAGAGGCUAAGAGAACUCAAGAUUGAGCUGCAAGUAUGGUUGGAACAGAAUGCAAUGUUCAAAGGGGAACUCCAGUGUAGGUUUGAUUCCCUAUGUGGCAUACAAGCGGAAAUUGAAGGAACCAUGGAAAUGGAUGCAGACACAGAGGAAGGAGUUAGAUUCACUUCAUACCAAGCUGUAAAAUUCCAGGGGGAGGUCUCAAACAUGAAGCAGGUGAACAAAAAAGUUGCUGAUGAACUGCAGGCUGGCUUGGAUCAUAUGAAGGAACUCCAAGCAGAAAUUGAAAAUGUUAUGGCAAAGAUACUCAAGAGCACUAGCUUAUCUGGGCCCAAAGCUGGCAGCACUUGGAGGAACACACCCUCUAAAUCAAGAGUGCCACUCCGGAUGUUCCUCUUUCCAGCCAAAAAAAAGAAACCGUCGCUGUUUGCAUGUGUACAUCCGGCAUUUCAGAAGCAGCACAGCGACAUGGCAUUCUUCGCUAAGAUGAAAUAGGUCAUCAGGACGGAACCAAAUUCAUCAUGGAGCUAGCAAACAAGACAUUAGAUUUGACAUGUCAGGUUGUGGCCCAAUGCCAGAAUGCUUUGUUUGGUUUUCUUUAAGGUUCUUGCAGCGCACUCACUGAGAUUAAUUAGCGCCUGGUAACCAGCUGAUUCUAUUCCAAGAGGGA